CAAUAGGCUUACAGUUUAUAGAGAUAGUUUCUUCUUCAGAACAGAGAGAGAGAGAGAGAGAGAGAGAGAUGGCGUUAAGGGUAGCGGCAACUCCGUUGACGUACGUGGCACACGUGUUGGGGAUUGUAGGACUGGUUCUAGUUCUGGUUUGGACUAUACACUUCAGAGGUGGCUUCGCAUGGGAAGCUUCUAACAAGAACCUCAUCUUCAAUCUCCACCCUCUUCUUAUGCUAUUUGGCUUCAUUGUCCUAGGAGGUGAAGCUAUAAUAAGUUAUAAAUCACUUCCUUUGACAAAGGAGGUGAAGAAAUUAGUUCACCUAGUACUCCAUGCAAUUGCCUUGGGACUGGGUAUUGUGGGCAUAUACACAGCAUUUAAGUAUCACAAUGAGAGUGGCAUCGCUAAUCUCUACAGUUUGCACUCAUGGCUUGGGAUUGGUGUUAUUGUACUCUACGCUAUUCAGUGGCUUUACGGGUUCGUGACCUUCUUCUACCCUGGAGGGUCGAGUGGGCUUAGGAGCGAGUCUCUGCCGUGGCAUGUGUUCUUUGGGCUUUUCGUGUACAUAUUGGCUUUGGGCACUGCUGCUUUGGGCUUUUUAGAGAAGCUGACAUUCCUGGAGACUGGGGGAGUUGAAAAGUAUGGCUCUGAGGCCUUCUUAGUCAACUUCACUGCCAUUGUCACUGUUUUAUUUGGAGCUUUUGUUAUAUUAUCGGUUAUUUCUCAAGGCCCACCAGCUGAAGAUGAGUAUAGCUAUUCAGCUAUAUAAAUAAUAUUAUAUUAUCCUCAUCACUAUGAUAACUUCGUUGUCCUUCUUAUCUGAAAGUACAUAAUGUUGAUUAUUUAUUUAUAAUUAUAUUUGUACUAGACUGUUAAUCAAAAUUCAAAUGAGUAAUUCAGUUGAAUAAAACCAUAUGUAUUGUUUUGUCUUGA